AUGGGUUCGCACGACACUCACUUCGGUCGCUUGGAUACCGUCGAUGAUUUGAUCAGGAGACUUGCUGACGAGGGUGGCCGAGAUGCACCUCCCAUAAUUGCAUUUCCGACUUCCCGCCGGACCGGGUCGAACGAUGAAUAUGAAUUCUUCCGAGCGACAGACCUUGACAGACUGGCGGAGGGGGUCGCGGCAACCUAUAUCCAAUGUCAAUUACAACCAGUGUGGCACGAUCGAAACGAAGUCAGUGUGGUUGCUAUCCUCGGGAAAUCAACCCUCGAAUACUUCGUUUCCUUAUUGGGAUUGUGUAGGUUAGGCUAUGCGGUGCUCCUGCUGUCCCCACGCCUCGCAACGGAGGCCGCUGUCUCCUUGCUGGACCGCACCAACUGCAGUACUCUCGUAUACAUGCGAGAUUUCGAGGAAGUUGUAGAGCGCAUCCAAAAGCAACGAGCCGUUCAGGCCCUUCGGACCCCAGAAAGGGAUGUGUUCGAUACUGGCUUGACUACUGGAAUCGAUUGGUGGAACGAAAAAGUUGCCGGCGCUGCCGACCGCACAGCCUUCAUCAUGCAUAGCUCGGGUUCAACAGGCUUGAACAAACCCAUUUUCCAAACGCAUCGAGCAUGCCUGGAGAAUUUUGAGAAUGGCAACAGUUUGCGGUCUUUUCUCACUGCGCCACUGUAUCAUACUUUUGGUUUCGCCACGGUGUUUCGCACAAUCUCCAAAGGAGGUCUUCUCUAUAUGUACGACCAUAAUCUGCCAUUGGCGUCGAAUUACCUCCUGGAAGCAUUAGAAAAUGUCCGCCCAGAGAGUUUCUUCGGAGUCCCUUAUGCAUUGAAGCUCCUUGCAGAGACGCAGGAUGGCAUUGGCGCUUUAGCGCGAUGUGGCAGUGUGAUUGUAGCAGGAAGCUCAUGCCCUGAUGAACUGGGAGAUCGGCUGGUUACCAGCGGCGUCCAUCUGAUUGUCACAUUUGGUGCCACCGAAUGUGGCCAAGUAGCGACAUCGAGACGCCCCAGAAUGGACACCAGUUGGAACUACCUACGAUUUUAUCCCAACGUAAAGCCUUACGUUUAUAUGAAGCCCAUCGCCCGUCAGCUUCACGAGCUAGUUAUCUUGGACGGCCUCAGAUCAAAAGUCGUAUCUAACUCAGACGAUCCACCAAAUUCUUUCCAUUCACGCGAUCUCUUCUCUCCGCAUCCCACGAUCCCGAAUGCUUGGAAACAUGUCGGUCGAAUGGAUGAUCGAAUCACCCUCGUGAACGGGGAGAAGGUCCUUCCUCUUCCUAUCGAGGGCUGCGUCAGAGAUCAUCCUUUGGUUACCGAAGCAGUUGUCUUUGGGAUCCAGCGAGACUUCCCGGGUUUGUUGGUUUUCAAGGGUCCCAACGCGCAAAACUUGACAGAUGCCGAAUUCAUCGACAAAAUUUGGCCCGUCGUGGAAGAUGCAAAUUCACGGGCCGAAGAGUUUUCCCAGAUCAGCAAGCAAGCAAUUCUCCCGGUCGCGGCUGGAGUACCAUACCCACAGACUGACAAAGGAACCAUUAUUCGCGCUAAAGUCUAUCUGGCUUUUGAAGGCGAUAUUAACACCAUGUAUGAGAGAAUUCAGCAAGACGCGUGUGGAGUCGAGACGCCGGACCUGCCCAAUCUGGAGAAAGAGCUUCUCGCCAUCUGCAGGGAAGAGCUGGGCCUGGAUAUUGUGGAUGUCAAUGGUGAUUUGUUUAACGCUGGCAUGGACAGCCUGAAAGCUGUUCGUCUGUCAGCCACAAUCCGGAAGCGAUUCUAUAUAGAAUCGCCGGAAAGGCGCAAGAGGCUCGGUGCUGACACGAUAUAUCGUAAUGUGACAAUAGCACGGGUUGCCAAGUAUAUCAAGGAUGUCCAAGAUCUCGGUGACCCCACGGAUUUCGAUUUGAUGACAGAGUUGAUCGAUAAGUACUCCAACUUCAGCCCGACGGCCCCAGCCAUGUCAUCACGAACUCAAUAUUCCAUACCAGACGGCAGGACAGUCCUUCUCACGGGCGUCACAGGCUCAUUGGGCUGUCAUAUCUUGAAGAUUCUCCUUAAUUCUGCAUCGACCAAAAGAAUUCUCUGCUUAGUCCGCGUUGCGGAUAGCGACUCCGAUCUAAGCUCUGAGGUUGCAAGGAAGCGCAUUUUGGAAUCCCUUCGUACACGUGAGAUCGAUGUCACACCAGACGCGUUUUCAAAGGUAAUCGCUCUACCUGGAGAUCUCGGUCAUGCGAACUUCGGCAAAACAUUGGAGAAACAUCAGGAGAUUUUGCGGUCUACUACAGAAAUUAUCCAUGCGGCCUGGCCCGUGGAUUUCAACCUGACGCUGGGGAGCUUCAGUCCCCAACUUUCGUCGCUCCAGCAGCUUCUCAACCUCUCCAUUCAGGUCUGUAAACCCCCCGCAACGGUGCUCUUCUGCUCGUCCAUCUCCACCGCUCUUUCCACCCCAGCUCCGGCGACUAUCCCCGAAUCCCUCAUCAGUCAACUGCAACAUGCACAACCAACCGGGUAUGGCCAGUCCAAACUCUGCGCCGAACACAUCCUCAACAACGCAGCCACGCAAGCGGGAGCGGACACGAUAGUCGCGCGAAUCGGCCAGAUUGUCGCAGACACACAAGCCCAUAUCUGGAACGCCAACGAAGCAAUCCCUCUCAUGGCACGAUCCGUAAACGAGAUCCACCUCCUCCCAGAUCUGAAAGGAGAAGAGUGUAGAUGGCUUCCAGUCGAUGAUUGCGCACGGACGAUUUGUGAAUUAAUCUUCAAGAAUCCUACCACGGACGAAAAUACAGUGCGGGGAGCCCGGUUCUUCAACGUACUCCAUCCGCGCGCCUUCUCUUGGACGAAUGACUUCCUACCUGCCCUUCGCCAGGCUGGAUUCACAUUUGCCGUAUCGCCUGUCAGCGAAUGGCUCACUCGCCUGGAAAGGAGUGACCAGGACCCGCGGACUAAUCCGAGUAUCAAACUGCUGGAUUUCUGGAAGAGUCGUUGGGGAUCUGGGACGAAUCGAGUGGAACGAGAUAUACAGUUCGAUACGACCAAAGCUCAGCGCGAGAGUGACACCCUGGCUCGGUGUCCAGAUGUAGUUGCAAGUGGACUCGUUCUCAAAACGGCGGCACGGUGGUAUCGGGAGUGGAAUGCUGUUUAA